AUGAAUAGGUCAUGGAUGCAUGCUGAUAGGAGGUCUUAUGAAUAUAAGUUAGGGGUGGCAGAGUUUUGUGAGUUUGCUUUGAGAAAUGCUAGAGACCCUAAUCGUAUUUGUUGUCCUUGCACAAACUGUGGAAAUGUGAAAGAUUUUUCUGCUAAAGUGAUAAGGGAUCAUUUGUUUGUAAAUGGGAUUGACACGGGAUAUGAGAAAUGGACAGAACAUGGGGAGGUUGUAGUAGAGUUAGGAUCAGAUACGGAUAGUGAAAGCAUUGAUGAAACAGAGUCUAGUGAGUCUGACACUGUUCAGGGCAACAUGGGGGCAGAUUAUGAAGUACAAUUGGAUAGUGAUGUGGACUUGGAAGGUGAUGAGGAUGAGCAGCUUUCAAGUGAGUGUAAUGAGUUCAGGAAGUUUGUUGAUGAUGCCAACAAACCCUUGUUCCCUGGUUGCACUAGGCACACCAAGAUGAAUGUGCUUGUGAGGCUCUACAACUUGAAAGCAAAGCAUGGUAUGAGUGACGCGGCUUACUCGGACUGGCUGAUUGCUUUUUCUGAAUAUCUUCCCGUAGGAAAUGAGAUACCAUCCUCUGUCUACGAAGCAAAGAAGACUUUGAGUGCAUUAGGAAUGGAUUACACCAAAAUACAUGUCUGCCCUAAUGACUGUAUUCUCUAUAGAAAACAGUUUUCCGAUGACAUUGUCUGUCCUACAUGUGGUCUUUCCAGAUGGAAAGUUUGCAAAAACGGUCAAGAAAAAGAGGGAGUGCCUGCAAAAGUGUUGUGGUACUUUCCUCCUAUUCCCAGGUUCAAAAGAAUGUUUCAAUCAAUUGAAACAUCAAAGAAUUUAAUUUGGCAUGCUGCCGAGAGAAACAAGGAUGGCUUAAUUCGUCAUCCUGCAGAUUCAGCUUCUUGGAAGUUAGUAGAUGAAAAAUGGCCAGCCUUUGGUAAUGAACCACGAAACCUACGACUUGCAUUGUCGUCAGAUGGAUUCAAUCCCCAUAGUUCUUUGAGCAGCAAGUACAGUUGUUGGCCCGUAAUUUUGGUAACCUACAAUCUGCCUCCAUGGCUGGUAAUGAAAAGAAAACACAUGAUGCUUACCUUAUUGAUAUCAGGGCCUAAACAACCGGGAAAUGAUAUUGACGUUUACCUUGAACCGUUAAUAGAUGAUUUGAAGUUAUUGUGGGAAGGAGUGAGUGGAGUUUAUGAUGCUAUUAGGAAUGAAACUUUUACUCUUAAGGCUUUACUAUUCUGGACAAUCAAUGACUUUCCAGCAUAUGGUAACCUUUCAGGGAGUAUAGUUAAAGGCUACAAUGCAUGUCCUAUUUGUCUUGAUAAAACAGAACCGACAAGGUUGGUUCACGGAGGAAAGAUGGCCUACACCAUUCAUCGACGGUUUUUAGGGAGACACCAUCCCUAUAGAAAGCAAAGGGCUGCUUUCAAUAACCGUCCAGAACAUUCACCAGCUCCGGUUCCGUUGACCGGAGAGGAACUGUUGAGAAGGUUGGAAGAAGAAGUUCCACAAUGGCCUUACGGGAAGAAAUAUCCUCCUCCUCCUUACAAGGGUGCUGAAGAUCAAACAAGGCCUUGUUGGAAGAAGAAGUCGAUAUUUUUUCAGCUUGAAUAUUGGAAAUAUCUCCCUGUUAGGCACUGCCUUGAUGUCAUGCACAUUGAAAAAAAUGUGUGUGAUAGUCUAAUAGGGACGUUGUUGAACAUUCCCGGAAAAACAAAGGAUGGACUGAAGACUCGGUUAGAUUUGUUGGAAUUGGGUAUAAGAUUAGGAUUGCAGCCUAAUCUAGAUGGUCCGAAAAAGAAGCGGUUGCCAUUGGCAAGCUGGAACCUAACAGUAGAUGAGAAAAAAUGUAUGUGUGGCUGUUUUAAUGGCAUGAAGGUUCCCGAAGAUUAUUCAUCAAACAUUUCCAGUCUUGUUUCGAUGGAGGAUUUAAGGCUGACUGGGCUUAAAUCCCAUGAUUGUCAUGCCUUAAUGCAACAAUUACUCCCUGUUGCAAUCCGAGGUGUGCUGGAAAAACCUGUUAGAGUUGCUAUAAUCAGGCUUUGCAUGUUUUUCAAUGAAAUCUGUAGUAAAACCAUAGAUGCUUUAAGGCUGCCAAAAAUCCAAAGUGAUCUGGUAGAAACUUUAUGUGAGCUUGAGAAGUAUUUUCCCCCUUCAUUCUUUGACAUAAUGAUACAUUUAACGGUCCAUUUGGUUAGAGAAGUUGAAUUAUGUGGACCGGUUUGUUUUCGGUGGAUGUAUCCUUUCGAAAGAUAUAUGAAGGUGUGCAAAGGAUACGUGAGAAAUAGACGUCUUCCGGAAGGGUGCAUUGCUAAAUGUUAUAUUGCUGAAGAAGCGGUUGAGUUUCUAGCUGAACUUUUCUUCGACGACAAGACUGUUGGCAUUCCAGAGGCCCCCAUCACAGAUGACAAACCCACCUCAGGUGCUACUGUUGUGUCGGUUUUCGGCAAGGAUUUUGACCAAGCUCAUUUGUGUGUGCUUCAAAACACCGAUGAAUUCAGAAGCUAUUUUGUGGAACACAAGGAGUAUUUGAAAAGGGAGUUUCCAAAGUACAAAAAAAAUGAAAAGUGGCUGGUCGAUAAACAAAACCAGACUUUUGCUGAUUGGGUGAAGGAAAGGGUUGCUUUUCAACUUAAUGAACCUGGUGCUGAUAUCCCUGACAUCGUGAGGUGGCUAGCAGAUAAACCAGGGAAUGAAGUACCAAAGUUUAGCGGUUAUAGAAUAGGGGGAGUGCAAUAUAACACAAAGAUGCGCGAUGAUCUUCGUACUACACAAAGUAGUGGGGUUUACUUGGUUGCUAAGACACCUCAAGUAGCUAGUGCUAAGUAUAAAAAUGUGGUUAUUGAAGACAUGAGCUUCUAUGGGGUUAUUGCUGAAAUAUGGGAGCUUGACUAUGAUCAUUUUAGGGUUCCGAUCUUUAAGUGUGAUUGGGUAGAGAAUGAGAAGGGUGUUCGAGUAGAUGAUCUUGGGUUCACUUUGGUGAAUUUAAAUAGGAAAGGUCAUGUAAAAGACACUUUUGUCUUGGGAAAAUGUGUGGAGCAGGUCUUUUAUGUUCAAGACCCUAUAGAUCAUAGGUGGUCAGUCGUAUUAAGUCCCCCAAAGAAAGAUUACAUCGAUUCUGUUCAGGUUGAUGAGCUUGGGGACACCGUUAUUUCCCACCCUCCAAUCGCAAGUACAAUGCCAUCUAUCCAUUCACUGGAUGACUUGAUCGAUGAGGAGCCAGUGGGUUACAUGCGUGUAGGAGACGAGGAUAUAUUAGUUGAUGGAGAAUAG